AUCGAUUCCGGUUCGUAAAUUCGAAUCGUAGCAGCAAUGUUGUAAAUGUAAAUUAAAUUGUGUAUUUUGUUUGAAAAGUGAGGAUAUUGAUAGUAGUGAUGCAGCCCGAAACUGAAAACGAAGAAUGUAUUAUAUUUCAGCAAUUGGACUUAUUUUCUCAAGGGUUUCCUAUUAUGGAAGAAAUUCGGCGGCAGGGUAAAUUAUGCGACGUGACGUUAAAGGUUGAUUCACAGUCCUACAGUGCCCACCGAAUUGUUCUUGCGGCUACUAUUCCCUAUUUCAAUGCGAUGUUUACACAUGAUAUGGUGGAAAGCAAGCAAAGAGAAAUAACUAUUCAAGGCAUUGACUCAUCGGCACUCGAGGCACUGGUUAAUUUUGCAUAUAGUGGAAGAGUUGUCAUUGACAGCAACAAUGUGCAGUCUUUAAUGGUUGGUGCAUCUUUCCUUGCCCUACACAAAGUUAGAGAUGCAUGUGCUGACUUCUUAAAACGGCGGUUUCAUCCAAAUAAUGUUCUGGGUAUAAGAUCAUUUGCAGACACAUUAUGCUGCUCGCCACUUGUUGAAGCUGCAGACAAGUAUGUGCAACAGUAUUUCAAUGAUGUUUCUUUGUGUGAUGAAUUUCUAUCGUUAUCACAGAAUGAGCUGAUUGAUAUUGUUAGAAGAGAUGAACUACAUGUUAUUUCAGAGGAACAGGUCUUUGAGGCUGUUAUGAGGUGGGUUAAGAGAGAUCCUGAAGGCCGCAAGAAAAAUUUGCCACAACUUCUUGCCAAAGUUCGUUUACCUCUUUUGCCUCCACACUACUUGGCUGACCGGGUGGCCACAGAAGAAUUAAUCAGAUCGUCUCAUGAAUGUCGUGAUCUUCUGGAUGAAGCAAGAGAUUAUCAUCUUAUGCCUGAGAGGAGAUCUCUUCUGCAAAGUUUUAGAAUAAAGCCACGUUGCUGUAACUAUGUUAUGGGCCACAUAUUUGCUGUUGGUGGUUUAACAAAAACAGGGGAUUCUUUAAGCACUGUUGAAGUAUUUGAUCCAAUUGUUGGCCGUUGGCAGCUAGCUGAAGCCAUGAGUAUGUUGCGUAGUAGAGUGGGUGUUGCUGUGAUGCGCAACAGGCUUUAUGCGUUUGGUGGGUACAAUGGCAGUGAACGAUUGUCCACUGUUGAAGUAUUUGAUCCGCAGAAACGUGUCUGGAAUAAAGUUUCACCAAUGCACUGCAGACGAAGUGCUGUUGGUGCAGCUGCAUUGAAUGACUGCUUAUAUGUUUGUGGAGGCUAUGAUGGUGUUACUUCACUGAAUACUGUGGAGUGUUAUUCCCCAGACAAAGAUGAGUGGACGAUGGUGCCAAAUAUGAUCAGACAUCGCAGCGCUGGUGGUGUAGUUGCAUUUGAGGGCUAUAUAUAUGCCCUUGGUGGUCAUGAUGGUCUCUCAAUAUUUGAUUCGGUGGAGAGGUACGAUCCACGAACUGGCCAGUGGACUUCUGUUUUACCAAUGCUUACAAGGCGUUGCCGGCUUGGAGUAGCAACACUAAAUGGAAAGCUUUAUGUGUGCGGUGGCUAUGAUGGCUCAACAUUUCUGCAGUCAGUGGAAAUGUAUGAUCCCAUUUUGAAUCAGUGGAAGUUUGUUGCACCAAUGAAUGUAAUGCGUAGUCGAGUUGCAUUGGUUGCGAACAUGGGUAAACUGUGGGCAAUUGGAGGAUAUGAUGGAGUUUCAAAUUUAUCUACAGUUGAAGUCUAUGAUCCAAAUACAGAUUCAUGGUCAUUUGUAGCAUCAAUGUGUGCCCAUGAAGGAGGAGUCGGUGUGGGUGUCAUACCUAUAUGUAAAGACUGACAGCUGAGUGUCAAAAUUAUACAGUUAAUUUGUUGAAAAGUUUUUUGUGGAUGGUGAUUGUGGCUUGGCUGACUUUUAUUUCGUCACACACGUUUCUUAACUGUUUUUUUGUAAAUAAUUUAUGUUCUUGUUGCAUUUUAUUUUUUGUUCUACAUUUAAAGAAACGUCAUUCUUGAUCUGAUAUGGAUAUUUGCUUUCACAGCGAACGAUCUCAGAUUUCAAAACUGUUAAGAACUAUAUCUGAAAUGAUAGUCCACUGAUAAAAUGAAUAUGAUUAUUGUCAUAUUUAAUUGGUUGCAAAUGCUACGUGUGGAUUAAAAGUGUGUGAUUAUAUUGCACGUUUGCUAUGCCAAGAGAAUGAAAAUGAAACAAUUAAAAAUUGAGAUUAUUUUUAAAUGUUUGUUGUUAUUCUUAUUGCCAUGCAAAGUUUGCAUUUUUAAUGAUCAUAUUAUUAUCUACUUAAUAUUUUCUUCUUUUGGUGGUACUGUGAUAAAACUAUAAAAACCACUCUAAUUGUAAAUUUUUAGCAGUUUUUUUAACUGCUACACUAAUAGUACUAAAGGAGGUCUUGAUUAUGGGAUUAUAGUUUGCAGAAUUAAAUUCAUUAAAAUGAUUUAAUUUCUUUGUAAUGGUAAGCUAUAGGGUAAUGUUGUUGUAAAUUAUGCUACUAUUCACUGCUAAUAUGGAACUCAGACUUUCCUAACUUAGUUUUCUGGAAGAGUAUGCUGUUAUGUGCCAUCAUUUCCCGUGUAUUGACAUAAGACCUGCAGAUUCAAGCUGUGACCAGAAGAAACUUUUGGCUCUUGUUCUUUACUAAAAUUGAUUAACGUCUGCUGUUUGCAGUUCUAUCAUUUACAAGCAAACAUACAUACAAUUAUGAAAAAUAAAGGUAUGCCAUUAUCUGUUGUUUGUAAUUUUCAUUAAUGGGAUUAAGGCAACCUAGCUAUACAAGCAGUCUGAUACAGCUGUCUUAUAACAGUCAGUCUGUCUGGUAGUAACAGAAGCACUGUGUUGAUAAUAAGCUGUGGUUCUGAGAUAAACUGUUCCUCUCUCAUGAAUUAAGUCAUCAUCAACACUAAUACUGGCCAUUUAUGAUCCUUUCCAAUUCAGAAUUUCCUCAGCUGUCUCAUUAUGCUUACAAUCACAGAAAUUUCACUACCCCAAUUACAUUCACUUAUCACAGCACAUCUUAAGGAGUAUGUUAGAUAUCUGUCACAAUUAUUGAUAACAUUAAUUAAUACCCUCCUCCAACCUCUCCCUCCUCCUGUGUGCAACUGUAUAUGCCCCAAUUUCUCUCUUUUUACUGCUUUUUGUAUUAUGGUUUCUUUUAUUCUUCCUUUGGAGUUUAUUGAACAUUUCUGUAAUAUUUUUGUACCCUUACAUUAAAUGGACCGCCAGAUGUACAGGCUCAUCGUUGAACUUUUAGUAUUUGUACUCAUCUUGUUCAUUAAAGCUGGUAAGUAAUGCUAAAGUAGAGGCUUCUCAAUUUUCCUUAAAGCUUCUUACAUACCAAAGCUUUUUCUCCAUAGUACACACCAAAUGCAACAAUCCUUUUAACUACUUCUCUACCAAUGGGUUCACAGGGCCAGGGUUUUUCAGUUGUCAUGCACAUACAUUUGAAGAAUUGUGGUUCAACUUUGAUGCUCUGCAUAAGCAAUGAAGAAAUAUUUUACUGCCUUCCAGUAAUAUUAAGAAUGAACUGCCAGUUAGUGCACCAAUAAUUAAUUUUUUACAAAUAAUUCAGAGUAUCACAACAGUUUCCAUAAAUGACCACUUCUUAACCUUGUUUCAUGAAUGAUGGCGGUUCACAUAGGUCAAGGCACAGAUGAGUAUUCCAGUGUUGUCAGUUCCAAACAGCAUUUGCGGUACUCGCAUACACGUGCUUUGUACUUGAAGAAAGCAUGUAUCUUGCAAAUUAUGUCUCUCGCUUGCUCAUGCAGACUUUCUCACUUAUGCAGACUUUCUCACUUAUGCAGACUUUUUCACUUGUCUUCAACAUCUGCAAUGACAGCUCGCAACAAAUGGAAUAAAAAUUCACUAAACAAUUCACUACAAUAACAUUUGAUGCUUGCAUUGCUUAGACAUUCACAGCAGAGUGCUCAGAACAACACUGUAUAUUCAUUGGCUGUUGGAGAAUACUUGAAGGAGAUGUGCAGAACAAGCCUAAACUCUACUGCCAUCAUUUGUAAUGCCAUCUGUAGUUUAAUCAUUUGCAAACAGUGUUGAAAAACUAAAUAAAAGUGGUUCAACAAACAAACCAGAGGUGUAUUGAAUUUCUGAUGUUGAUUCCAUAAUAACGGGCUACAUCUGAGGAAAAAUAAUCUUUUCAGUUGCAUAUUCCUCUGAAUAUUUUUGAGUACAUAAUUAUAUUAAAUAUUAAAGUUUCAAGGUCAGAAGAAAUCUGGAUAUCAAGGGGUACAGCACCUAUAAUACUGCUCUUAUCUGUAACCUUUCACAUGUUGUGUUUUUAUGAUGCAACAUGGAGCCAUUUGGAUUGAAGUGUAUAGUGUGUUCACAAGGAGAUGAAUCAAUUAUGAGGGGGAGGGGGGUGAGAGAGGGGUCAUAGGACGCAAGCCCCACCCACCAACUCCCAGCAAUUGGCUGGCAAGGGAGAGGGGUGGGGUGGUGGGAACAAGCCGCACUUACAUCUCACAGUGCUAACACUACACUUCUGUUCAUAUGUCAGUUUAUGCUCCAAGCGGUUGGACACAAGCUCUUUAUUUUUGCUCUGCUGUCCCUUCCCCUUUUCAGAGGAGUGGAAAGAGUACCUGGUGCUGCUCAUGAUGGGCCAGGAACCACACGUCACACAUUAAAAAAUCUAUUAAUGUGUUUGUUAAACAACACAGCACAACAAUCAUUUUGCAAGGUUCUGUAUUAGAUUGCUGUGGCUGGACACGAAACAUGAGCGGGCCAAACUCAACCGAUUUCUGCCAAUUCAGAAGUGGGUAGUCCUCGUUCAUCUCUUUGUGAGCAAACUGUAUCAUUAAACUAUGCCCAGCUCUGUAUUCUGCAAGUCAUUUUGAAAUGUAUGACUGAGAAAUAACUCCACUGUUCCUGUGUUUAGAGUCAUGUGUCAAUUCCUGUUGUAAUGCUUGUAUACUUGAACUAUAAUUUAAUUAUCCCCUUGUGUUCAUUAUUUGCAUGUAUGGUGUGGUGGCAGUUGGCAGCUGAGUAGCCUUAUGUUACUUAUAAAUUAUUGAUUGUUAAAAUUUUUGAGGUAACAUAAUGUGAUAUUUAAUUUUAAUUUUCUGGUUCACAUAUUGUAACGAUUUUGAAGCUUUUGCACUUAUUGCAGUUUUCUCUGUACACCAGUUCUGAUACACUGCAGUAACUGCACUCCUUUGUUUUCUUUUUACUGACUUUUAUCUUGAACUCCAGACACUGGAAGGAUGAGCAGAUCGCAUUUUGUUGCUCUUUCCUUCCAUUCCCUUCCUUAACAUACCUGAAAUUUUUGAAAAUAUUGCGCCUCUUCUUGAGUCACUGACUGUCACAGUCAUAAAGCAUCAUUUUAUGCAACUUGCUAUAGAUACCCAUAAGUGCAGAGCACUGAGCCUGUAUUCUCUCACUUCGGGCAUAAAUGGAAAGCUGGUAAGUGCUUGAUUCUGUCCACAGUUUAUUGCUCCAUCUUCAAGAGAAACUGUGCUCUCCAUUUCUUGUUAUGGCAAUUAGUGCAUUCUGCAUCUGCUCUUUCCUUUAACCAGUGACAUUUUAUGACUAGCAUUUUAGUGCUUCCUUUAUGACAUGAUUAAUAUGUAAAGGAACUGGCAGUGAUUCAGGCCUUAAAAAAAUUGGAGGAGUUGCUAUGAGAUAGAGCUGAUGUGAUUAUAAUUUUUUCAUUUGUCCAAGUUUUUAAUUUACUUACCUAGAAUUACUGGUAGGAAGAGGAUUUGUUAUUUCUAAGAAUGUCCACUAUUUUGAUUCAGGAGGGUAGUUUAGCAAUGUAAUGUUGAGACUCUUUGUAUGAUUUCCUGUAAUGUUAAGAACAUGGCUGUGAGUAGCUGCUUCAGUAAUUUUUAGUUAAUGCACAUUAUUUACCCUUUAUAUGAAGCAGAUGUGAAAUAAAAGAUUAUUUCUUUGAAAGGAUGCAAGUGUUUCAAUACUGUAUUAUAUGAAUGGUUCUUAAAAAGUGCAAUCUGUUUUUAUCACUUUUGAUGUUAAAUGUUGGAGUACAAAUUUGUUUUAUCCUAUUCAUCAAGAAGCAUACUAAAGAUUGUAAGAAAAUUAUUUACGUUAGAACUGAAAAGAAUGCUUUCUGUUGUAAAGGCAACAACAACAACAAGAAAGAAUAUGAAAGAGGAAACAUUGAAAGACAAAUCAAAUGUAUUAUAAGCUGUCAGAAUUGUAAAUAUAUUUAUGUAAAUAAAAAAUUUAAAUGAAUUUUA